AUGUCUUACUAUCAGAGUACGGUAUCUCGCCUGAAAGACUUUUUGAGUCUCUCCGGCGGUUCAUCACCAUCGAAGACAACACCGCCGACUCGCAAAGACUGGAAGGUACUUGAGAUCUCGGGAAAAGACAUGUACACACCGAUAGAUCGUGGUGUAGGCCGGUUCGCCCCAUCCAGCAACGCCCCUCACACAGACGACGUGUUAACGAACGUCGAGUGGAAGGUGCUCCUUGAAGAGGCUCCAACGGGAGAUGACGGAGUAACGUCCCGGCCCCACAGCGCGUCCAUCAAGGAAUUCAACGAGACGAAACAGCACCUGCUCUCUUCUCCGUCAUUUGCGUCUCGGGUGGGAGAAAUCCGAAACAUGCUCGACGUCCUCUCGCAGGGCGACGAGCCUUCCUUCAAAAACUUUUUCACUUUUUGGGAUGGAGAGUAUAGGAUUUAUGGUGCGAGGAGCGGUUUCGGGGAUGGGCAGCGAGGGGAUGGAAAUGGGGAUGGUGAGGAUGUUGAUGAUGAGCCUACAAGAUGGAUCGUCACGGCUAGUAAGACCGCAAAUAUGGAUCUUAUAUUCAACAGUGGCAGGGCACCCAUGCUGCGCAGGCUGGAAGCGAUUCGCCGGAAUGGUGUGCCCAGUCCCAGGGCCCAAGGCACAGCGCCGCAAAGCACUUUGGACGAUGCUUCAGCGGACGACAAGAACAGGCUGCCGAUGGAGGCCCUUCUUCAGCAAGGAUUCCAAACAUGUCAAUCAACACACGGCCUGCUUCCUCCCGAACUUCGCUAUGGAAUAUCAGAAGCACCUGUUACCUGUUACAGAAGCAGUUUGGGUAUUGACGAUGAUCACGCCUUCAAAAUAACCAAAUCAGACAAAGCAUCGAAAGGCCAACCCUUGAACGAACAGAUCCUUGGAACGCAGCCAGAGGAUGGCUACGUUGAGGCUCUGACGGCAGCAUCCCAGCUGGUGGAUGCUGCGCCGAAGACUGCAGAUGGGCAUUGUGUAUUCUCGUUCAACACGCCUAGCGGUUACCAUGGAACUGUUGGAAAGAGGCAUGUAUCUGUGGGUGAUGCGGACUAG